AUGGCUCCUACAAACUCCUUCCCUCGUUUAUCCCCCUUUAUGCUCUUCGUUCUCUAUGUCCUGUCCUCCUUGCCGAUUCCAGGCACCACGAGCCCUGUGCCGGUUAUAAUCGCCCACGGCGCUGCCUACGGGUCAACGCAGACUUAUACACCAUUCCCACAGCCUCAUCCUACCGGUUCAGCUGUGCCUAAGCCUACCUCGGGUUCUGGCGCUGGCUCUGGUUCUGGCUCAUCCUCUGGUGGUGAUUCUGGUUCUUCCUCAGGCGGUGGCUCUGGGUCGGGGUCCGGGUCCGGCUCUGGAGGUGGUUCUGGGAGUGGCCAGCAGCCUGCUAAACCCUCAUCUCAGCACUCCAACUCACCUGCCCCGACCUCGGGCUCAGGCUCCGGUAAUGGAAGUGGCCAGCAGCCAAAAUCAUCAGGGUUGGCCGGUACUGUUGGCCAUCGUCCAUCGGCAUCGCCAACGCCCUUCGGCUCGGACUCCAACGAUGAUUCCGGCAACGACGAUGACGACGAUGAGGAAAACCAGGAUGACAGCGAUAAUGGCAGUAGCGGAUAUGAGGGCAAUGAGAGCGACGACGAUGACAAUGAUGAGGACGACUCCGCCAACAACGGCAAGACCUGGGAUCUGUCCCUGUACUCGGACAACCAGUGCACAGGCCAGCCGAGCAACUUCAGCGGUACGGCCUCUGUGACAUGCAAGAUUGGCGGCGGUAUCAACUACAUUGGUCAGGUGAGCGGGUGCAAGGUUGUUCUCUUUAGUGAUGUGGCUUGUACUGCGGGGAAUGAGGUUGGUGAGGUGGAUGAGGAUGAUGAUGAUGAUGAUGAUGACGACGACGACGACGACGAUGACGAUGAGGGAGAUGAGGAGGAUGAGGAAGACGGGGAUAACUCUGGGGGGAACAAGAGGGUGAAGAGGGGAGGUGCUGGUGGGAACUCGGGUACAUGUGCCGCUCCCUCCAAACAACCCAACACUGGUAAUCAAGAUGAGGGAGAUGAUGAUGACGACGACGACGAAAUUGAGGUCAAGGCGUUUGCAGUCAUCUGCUGA